GAAAACAAAAGACCAAAAACUCUCUUCCUCCCAACACAAAUGCCAAGAAAACCAUGUCCGAUCCUCCAAACACCUCCUCCAUAGUCGUCCUCGACCACCACCACCACCCCCUCCUCCUCUCUCCACCACCAACCACCACCACCACCACCAUCGCUCCCUCCCUCCCGCGCGAGUACCGAAAGGGGAAUUGGACCCUACACGAGACUCUGGUCCUCAUCACCGCCAAAAAGAUGGACGAAGAGCGUCGCUCCGCCCAAUCCAAGCCGUCUUCCUCCUCAUCUCCGUCAUCCUCCGCCACCACCACCUCCUGCAAGACCGCAGAGCUGCGCUGGAAAUGGGUGGAGAACUACUGCUGGAGCCAUGGCUGUCAGCGCAGCCAAAACCAGUGCAACGACAAAUGGGAUAAUCUCCUGCGGGACUACAAGAAGGUGAGAGAAUACGAAGCGAGACCACCAGAUCCCAAAGACCGCCCUUCUUACUGGCAGAUGGAGAAGCACGAGCGCAAGGAGCGGAAUCUCCCUUCCAAUCUCCUCCACGAGGUUUACCAAGCUCUCCAUGAGGUCGUCAAUCGUAGAUAUUCACAGAAAAUCGCUGCUCCUCCUCCUCCUAUAACAACGGCUGUGAUUUCACGGCCCAUGCCUCCGCCUUCUCUUCCACCACCUCAGCCUCUCCCUCCACCUGUCCCACCGCCUCCUCACCCUAUUUCAGAUUUCCCGAUAUCGGGUCCAUCCAAACACGCCAACCUCUCUUCCGAUUUUGUAGUGGAAACGACGGACUCGUCCGAAACAGAAGGUGGCAGCGAUAGACAGGACUCCGAUACGAAGAAGCGUAGAAAGGUCCGAAGCCUGGGUUCGAGCGUAGUGCGUAGUGCAUCGGUCUUGGCUCGUGCGCUCUUAGCUUGUGAGGAGAAGAAAGAUAAACGGCAUCGAGACGUGCUGGAAUUAGAAGAGAGGAAGCUGCAGAUGGAAGAGCAUCGGACGGAGAUAAAUCGGCAAGGGAUGGCUGGACUCAUCACGGCCGUUAAUAACCUCUCGAAUGCAAUCCAGUCACUCGUGUCAGACCGACACGAUACGAGAUAACAACCCUCACCGCGUUUUCUAUUCAAAUUUCGGCCGAGUUCGUUACCGAGUUUCGGUUCCGCGUGUCGGGUGUGUAAAUGCAAAAUGGAUUUGAUUAUUAUUGUUAUUUCAUUGCUUCAAAAUCCAUUUUUUCUUCUUCUUCUUUUUCUUUUGCGUCUGCUUUCAUUACCCUGUAAGAAGUGUAAUGGUAAAAGACGAAUUUGCCCUCCCUCUUUCUUUAUUUGAAGAAUGUACCCUGUAUUCUUGUUUUUAAUUUUUAAUCGAAUGGCUUAUAUUUAUUUUA